AUUUAAAAGAAGUAAAGGAAUUUUAUUGUCCGAAAUGCUAAGAUGAAUCGUUUUGAAUAUGUGGAAGCGCGCUUACAUGAUGAUGAAACAUUUGUAAGUCGGGAUCAAAAUGUCAAAAUUUACGAUGGAGAUCAAAAAACAGAAUAUGAAGAAGGUGAGGUUGUACUCACCACUCAUCGCUUAUUUUGGGGCCGUCCUGGUGAAAUUGCUCGUGCUGCCAUAACACUUUGCCUCUCCCUACGUCAUGUGAUAUCGCUCAGUGAAGAAACGGCAAGUUCAUAUUUCUUCGGGCGUAAGACACGGUAUAUAUUACAUUUGCGAGAGCCACCACCGGAUAAGGCUCCUGGUCCGAUUGACUAUAGUCCGCAUGGGCACAUUAAACUGUCAGGAAAAAAUGGAUUGGCAUCAGAAUUCGGUAGCGCACUACGUCAAACAAUAGAGGCACGUAUUUGGGAAGUGAUAGUCAUUCCGAGACCACUUUCACAGGCUGAUAGUUCUCAAACUGCUGGCGGAGUAGGUAGUCCUGCUCAAUUGCGUUUGAAAAUGCGCACGGGCAUUGGUGGAAUUGAGCGUUCCAUUGAAGCUAAGGCGAAAGAGACGGAUGAAAAUAUAGCACUGGCGUUUCAGGAUCUUAGCAUUCUAAUGGCAAUGGCUAAAGAUAUGGUGGCCAUAUCGAAAGUGAUAAGCACAAAGAUAUGCGAACAAAAAGGCGAAAUUUCCGACGAUGAAACGGUACGCUUCAAAUCUUAUUUGCUGAGUUUGGGUAUCGAUGAUCCAGUGACGCGAGAGAAUUUUUCCAGCAACUCAGACUACUUUCGCAGUUUGGCCCAACAGAUAUGUGAGCUGCUUUUGGAUCCCAUUGAGGAGCAAGGAGGCAUGAUGUCACUUGCGGAUGUGUAUUGUCGGGUAAAUCGUGCACGAGGACUUGAAUUACUCUCUCCGGAGGAUUUGCUACACGCUUGUCAGCAAUUAAAUGGCCCUAUAAAGCUACGGAAAUUUCCCAGCGGAGCGAUGGUAUUGCAACUGGAAUCGCAAGAUGAUGAACUAGUGGCAGCAGAUACACUAGAAAAAGUUAAAACAGCCACAUCGUUGGCUGUUGAAGAGCUUGCCAAACAGCUGGGCAUUUCAUUGUUAUUAGCAAAAGAACGUCUUGUAGCCGCAGAACGCUUGGGAAAAGUGUGUCGUGAUGAAUCGGUAGAAGGAUUACGCUUUUAUCCAAAUUUGUUGCUAUAUCGUGAUAUAGAUAGCUAAACAUUCAAAAUAUGUAAAUGGAAUGAUAGUAAAAGUGCAAAAAGUAAAAGUAAAUAAAAUAUAACACAGCUUUCAUAA